AUCUCAACUUAAUCGCUUGAAUUCAUCUGUAAAUUGAAUAGAUCAAAGUUGACCCUAUAUUCUCUCGCCAUCAUCGAAUUGAAUCAGUCAACAAGAGAUAUACGUUUCAUAGCCUCUCAUUAGUCAUCUCUCAAAGAACCCUUGCCGUUUCUUCUCUCGAAGGCAACAAUAUACAAGAAUCUACUCUCUUCAUCGCCUCUCACUACCAAGAAAAAACUGAUUGAACGAUGGUGACUGUGGCUAAAAAUAGUUAAAUCGGCUUCAAAACCAUUAUACAAAAAGCCCUAAAACAAACAUUCUUCCAUCGUCUAAUCGUCUCCCACUUCAGUUCUGAAGGACUCCCACUCGAAAGUACUUUUUUCUGAAGACCUUUGAAAGAUCCAAUUUUCUUUUAUCUAAUUCAAGGUAACUUCAUACUACUAGAUGUUUCUCACUUCCAUCCGCUUUUUUUCCCUGUCAAAAAAUUCUGUUUUUUUACUAUGUUUCAGGAUCUGAGAUGUCACUUUUCCAAGGAAGAUUCAAAAAUCAGAAAAGGAAGAAGCUGAAACAUGAGUUUAUUCAAGCUUCAUAUUUCCAGGGCAUAGAGAAACAGUUUGAAUAUGGAUUCGAAAAUCAACUACCUACAUUUGUUUUGCAUCUAAUCCAUCUGCUAGGUUUCUUUCAGAAAAUGGAUAAAAUAAGGAGAAAAUCAAAUCUUGGAUCAUUGUUUUGCUAUCUGGAACACACAAGAGCAUAAUGGUCUAGGAAGAUGUGUAGCCCGUGAAAGAUCCUGCUCAAGCUUGUGGAUAGACCUACUGAAAGUCACAAUCCUUAAAAGAAAAUUGGUUUAUUUUUUUCAGCCUUUUGUUUGCAUGUUGACUCACCAGCUGCCAUGGGAUUCACAUUGUAGCUUGAGAUUUAGAUGUUUAUGUUGAUUUUCGAGUUUGGUCUUGGUGUUACUUUUAACAGAAAAUAUAUAUAUAUAUAUAUAUAUAUAUAUAUAUAUAUAUAUAUAUAUAUAUUUGAUUAAUGACUUAUGAUAUGAUGAAAUGUAUCAAGUUUCAAGAGUUGGGCCGAAUUAAAGUGUUUUUUUUAA